GAGCCAGUAUCUCAUUUAUAUCUCGCUCGCCGGGAAAGGCUUCUCCGUGCUCAUGUCUACAUGGGCUCAAACCGCUGCAGCUGGUCGCAGCUCGCUAGCUCUUUUCUAUCCAUAUGAAUCAGUAACUGCAGCUAGCAUUAGCCGGCGAGCUAACUGACGUGAGGUCCCUCCGCUAACGUUGACCAUCGUUUUUUUUUCUGCGAAACCUGCCUCACAAAUCACUGACAUUAACACUGUCAGUGGCAGCCUAAUCACCGAGUUACAUCAACGUGUUAGGACAAGUGAGAGGGUGUUGUUACAGAGAAAUAAUGUCACUGCAACAACGCGAUGCUGCAGGUUUUUAAACAAGCUUGUGCCAUCAUCCAUCCAGAGCGCUUCCAUUUUAUCCAUUUUUAAUCACCGCUAUGAUGGAUAACACUUAAUCUGCACGGACUGAUUGUUUACUCUCUUUGGUGAAUGAUGGUGUGGUCAAACUGUCAGUGUGUCGGUUUCUAGAUCGCCAGGAUGAACCCUCAGCAGCGGAUUGCCGCGCUUGGAACAGACAAGGAAUUAAGUGACCUGCUGGAUUUCAGUGCGAUGUUCUCUCCACCUGUAAGCGGAGGGAAAAACAGGCCCACCACACUCGGAAGCAGUCAGUUUAGUACAUCAGGUAUGGAGGAGCGGACCAACCAAGCAUCUUGGGCCCCAGGUGGUGAGUCCAGUCCCUCCUAUGAGUCCUCCCGGGGUUUCGCAGACAGCCCUCAUUACGGCGAUCAUUUGAGUGACAGUCGAUUAGUGUCCCAUGAAGGAUUGUCCCCAACACCUUUUAUGAACUCGAACAUAAUGGGUAAAUCAGAGAGGGCUUCAUUUGUUGGCUACGGGAGGGAUCCUGGAGCAUCUGGCUGCCAGCCUGCUGUAAGGCCUGACAUUGGGUUGGCAAGUCCUGGUUCAGUGACUACAUCAGGGAAGUCAGCUGCCCCGUUAUACUCUUUCUCUGGAGCCAAUCCCAGAAGACGUUCUCUACCAGAUCCUCUGCCUGUCGAUCCUCUACAAACAAAAAAGGUCCGCAAGGUCCCUCCUGGCCUGCCUUCAUCUGUGUAUGCACCAUCUCCCAACUCAGAAGACUUCAACAGAGAUUCACCGUCUUACUCUUCUCCUAAACCCUCCAGCAGUAUGUUUGCAAGCACUUUCUUUGACGGUACCCACAGUUCUUCUGACCCUUGGAACUCGUCCAAUGGGAUCAGUCAGCCCGGCUAUGGGGGGAUGCUCGGAGGAUCUUCAUCUCACAUGCCACAGUCAGGAAACUACAACAACCUGCACUCACACGACCGUUUGAAUUACCCUGCACACUCAGUCUCUCCAGACAUCAACGCCAGUCUUCCUCCCAUGUCCAGCUUCCACCGAAGCAACACCAGCACUUCACCAUUUGUCACCGGAGCGCACACCCCAUCCGCCAGCACAGCUGACGGGGUCAUGGCUGCUGCAAAUCGGGGGAACGCCACUGGAAGCUCACAGACUGGGGAUGCACUGGGCAAGGCUUUAGCAUCGAUUUACUCACCGGACCACACUAGCAGUAGUUUUCCAUCCAACCCGUCGACACCUGUGGGUUCCCCUUCACCUCUGACAGCCACAGCAGGCGCUGCCUCAGCAGGUACCGUGGUGACUGCUGCCGGCACCCCGUCUGGAAGGCCAGGUACCAACCAGUGGCCCCGUGCUGGUGGACAGACUCCCUCCUCUCCAAAUUAUGAGAACUCCCUUCACUCACUGAAAAACAGAGUUCAUCAGCAGUUACAUGAGCAUCUCCAGGAUGCCAUGUCUUUCUUAAAGGAUGUCUGCGAGUCUCGAAUGGAGGAUCGUCUGGACAGACUGGAUGAUGCAAUCCUUGUUCUGAGGAACCACGCAGUGGGCUCCACCGCCAGUCUGCCCAGCGACAUACACAGUCUGCUUGGACAGGCACAAAAUGGGCCAAUAGCAGCCAUUGGAGCAAACUUCCCUGCUUCUGCAUUGGUUCCAAGUCGGACAGCAGCGAUGCAGGGUGGUGCCCACGCUGACGAUGCUGCCAGCCUGAACAACAGCCACGGAGGCCUGCCCAGCGCCGGCUCCACUUCCAGCACAGAACUCAGCCACCAAGUGGAAGCAUUCAGAGCUGGUCUUAGUUCAGUCCUGGCAGGCCAAUUGCCUGCAACCCUGGAGCUGAAGGUGGAGAAACAGGAGAAGGACGAGAUGCAAGACAACGUCUCCAACGAUGAAAGGUCAGAUGAUGAGAGCGACAAAAAUCUGAGGACCCCUAGAGGCGGCACACGCACUAGUUCUUUCUCCCACAGUAUCACUGAAGACGAGGACCUGAAUCCGGAGCAGAAGGCAGAGCGUGAGCGUGAGAGGAGGAUGGCUAACAACGCCCGUGAGCGCCUAAGAGUGCGAGACAUCAAUGAGGCCUUCAAGGAGCUGGGUCGCAUGUGCCAGCUGCACCUGAAGAGCGAGAAGCCCCAAACUAAACUGCUUAUCCUCCAUCAGGCUGUGGCCGUCAUACUCAACCUGGAGCAGCAAGUCAGAGAGCGGAAUCUGAACCCCAAAGCAGCCUGCCUUAAGAGAAGGGAGGAGGAAAAGGUGUCUGGCGGCUCUGGUGAUGGCCAGCAGGGCCACACAGGGGUCCAUCCAGGCCUGACUGACACUUCCAACCCCAUGGGCCACCUCUGAGAAGCAGACAGAUCAAAGAGAUCCCAAUCAUUUCUGCCCCGUUUGAGUCGGUGACCUUGCUUCCCAGCUGUGACAGACAGGACUCGCAGUUUGUGACACCAAUUGGAGGAGACAGACCACUUGAAGCGAAACUACGAGACUAACACAAUCCAAUCCUAAGAUUGAAGAAGAGCCACGCGUCCAGCUCCCUGUGACCGGUUUCCAUCUGCAAAAUUUCUCCCCCACAAAGAAAAAAGAAUCUCCAGCACAUAUCACUGUCUGCAAGAAGUGUGUUGCUUCUGAACAAUCAGAGACUUCGCAAUCUCCUCCAACCGUAUGUGGAAAUUGCCUUGUGCCUAAACUGAAUUGACGAAUGCAUUGUAACAGCAAUUGUUUUUGUUUGUCUGUUUCUUUUUUUCUUCUAUUUAUUAUGGUAAUGAGCUAUAAAGUGUAUGUCUAAAGGGAACGUUCAGUAAAUUCAAAGAGAAGUAUGCAGCUUUUCACUUGAUCUAUAGUUUGCCAUUAAAAACUGAGCACUCCACCGCGGCAAAGGUUUGGCGAGUUCGAGCUAAGGGGUAGAAUAUUUUGGCACUGAGAAUUUUAAUUUAUUGGCCAGUUUAGAGUGAUAUUUAUACCCAACGGAAAAUUAUCAUUAGCUGUUAGAACAGAAGACGUAAGCGCCCCAUGUUUUAAAAAAAGAGAGGAUAUAUUAUUUAUAUUUAUAUUUUUAUUAAUUCUGCCACUGGCCACAUGUAUAACCAAAACUACCUAUGUUUGUUUCUCUGUAGAUUAGAGCCCGACUACAUUAGCAUCAACAACAAUGUCUACAAAUGUGACUGAUGAAUGGCAAACUCUAGGUUUACUGAAAGCUCACAUUUAGUUGUUUUUUUUCCUCGGUAGUGUGCAGUGAAAAUACAGAGAGCAAAACGAUUUGCAAACCUUAGCAUUCCCUGCAUAUUUUAGUGUCUUAACUAAAGGAAAAGGGGAUUUCAUUGCCUGUCUGUUUCCUUUGCCAUAUAGUGUUAAACGUUAGCAAAGCAGCAACAUAUUUUUUGCAGAUCCUUGUCUUUGUUUAGCCUCCUGGCAUCGGCGCAGAGGUGGAUUCUUUUUUGUUGUUGUUGUUUUUUUGUCAUUUUCACUCCACCAGCUAAUCAGAGAUCACUUGAUGAAGUAAAAGCAAACAAAACGACGACCAUGCUUUCUCCUGGCCUGAUGAACACGACGCUUGAUUUUCUUUCCGUUUAUAUCCGAAGACAUUACAUUUCAAACGCAGUUAUUCUGAGUAAAUCUUAGUUACGCUUAUUUGUGUUGUAACAAGUCAUUUCUUUAGGCUUCCAGCAUUACAAUGUCAAGCGGAGAGGAGCUUUAAGUUAUUUUUUUUUUAAAAUUUUUUAUCAUCCAAGACUCAGUACAAGAAGUAAGACUGGAUAUUUCAUGGAUUUUGUCGAAUAUAAUAGAACUGUAGCACAACAAUGAACAAAAAUGGUUAACAGGAUUUUCUUUUAUGUUUGAAGACAUUGGUCAUGGCUUUAUUUUGUUUUUCCCUAUCAGUGUGCAUGCUUUACGUUUCUCCUUUUAUUAAGUCUUUGGUCUUAAGACUUGCUUUAUAUUCCAUUUAUUUCUUUGUAUAUUGUCUUCUGUCAUUAUCUACACUUUAAACAAGGCUGCCACAUUCAGAAUGACUAUUCUGUAUAAAAAAGGGACUUAAAUUACAACAAAAGAUGCCACACUAAGAGUUUACAUUGAAGAUUUAUGAUUCAAAAACUUUGUUUUAGUGGGAAAGAAAAAAAAACCCUACACAGUUUUUUGUGUAUUCUCUGACUGAAUGUGGCCUUGCUGUUCAUUUCAGUAUUCAUGAGCUUGUAUUCAUGUCGGCAGACUUUGAUUGAGGGUAUAAUGUACGCCACUUCCUGCUCUCCUUCCUUCCUUCAUUUUUUAUUUUAAUUUCCUGUUCUUCCUAUAUUUCUCUGCUCCUCUGUUUGCCAAGUUAUUUGCUGUAUUCCCAGAUGCUUUCCCUUGUAUAAUAUAUGAGAAAAAAGAAAAUCAAAAAGGACAAAAAAAACAAAACAUUUGGCUUAUUUUUCACUGUAGUUAGUCUUUUAUACAAUAAUACUGUAAGAAUAUUUCUUGAAUUCUAAAUAUUACUCUUUCUAGAUUUUUGAAAACAAAAGUUUUGAGUAAAAAGUUUCUUACUUUAUUUUACUAUAUUAGAUAGUAAAAUGUACGGUUAUUUACAGUAACCUGUCCAUUAUUACAGGAAAUUUACCAAUGGCAUCUCAAGAACUAUAGCUGAAUUGUUGCUCGUAGUUUAGGACUUAAAAAACGCUUCGUACGAGCUCCAGAUUCCCAAAAGUGCGACCUCCAUAUCCUUCAGUCUUCAUCGGUGAUUGGUAAAAGAUUUGUUCUUGUGUCAAAUGAAAAGGUAAUGUUGAUACACAUAAAAAAAAAAAAUAGAAGGAAAAAAAACUGCGGCAACGGGAAUUUGAAUUUUCUGUCUUUUUCAACAGAAAAACACAAUGUAUAUAACAUUUAUGUUGCAAUAAAUGUGCCAUCUUUUUUUAAACUCAA